CCUAGGGCGGGAUGGAUGGAAGGAUGCCCUGAAAUCCAAUCAGAGACCAAAGCUAAAAAGGGGCGUGUCUGGCGCGGUCAGGGCCGCUGUCACUGCAGCUGCUCCUUCUGCCUGGCUGCGAAGAUGACUGUGGGGAGGCCUGCGGGAGCCCCGGGCAGCGCAGAGUGCAGCCGUCAGAUAUUCCCUCCUAAAUCUUCCUCAGACACUGAGGCAGAAGAUGAACUUUCUGGGGAUGGGUUGGUGUUGCCCAGGGCUGGCAAACUCCAUGAGUUCCUCAGCCCAGAAGAGGAGGCAGAUUCUACUUCUGACUCAACUGAGAGCUUUUGUGAGACCCUACAUAUUCUAAAGCAGAAAGGCGGAUGGGGACUGCUGGAGUCCCUCUUUUCCUCUGACCCAAACAGUGAUGAGAACGUCUCUGAAGAUGAGGACCUGGAGAGUUUCUUCCAGGACAAGGGCAGGGGGAGGCCACAAGUAUGGCGCCCUUCGUCUCAGAGGUGUGGUUCCAGGAGGCGCUGCAGUUCCCUGAGCAGCCUUCCCUGUGACACUCCCAAGGCCCAGACACAGCUUGUCUCGGGCUCUGCCCCUCCUUCCCAGCACAGAAGCAUCAGCUCCUGGGCAUCCUCAGUCACCGUCCCUCGACCAUUCCGCAUGACAUUGCGUGAGGCCCAGAAGAAAGCCCAGUGGUUGGCCUCGCCUGCCUCCUUUGAGCUGGAAAGGCAGAAGGCCCAGAGGCAGGGGCAGGAGGAGGCCGAGUGCCACCAGCAGUUCCGGGCACAGCCCGUGCCAGCACACGUCUACCUGCCCCUCUACCAGGAGAUCAUGGAGCGCAGUGAGGCCCGGAGGCAGGCAGGGAUCCAGAAGAGGAAGGAACUGCUCCUCUCAUCCCUGAAGCCCUUCAGCUUCCUGGAGAAGGAAGAGCAGCGAAAGGAAGCUGCUCGACAGAGAGACUCGGCUGACACAGAUAAGACCAAGGUCUCCAACAAGAAAGCCACCCGAAGGAUCCCAAAGUCUGUUCUGGAGCCAGCCCUUGGGGACAAACUUGAAGAAGCUGAGCUCUUCAGGAAGAUUCGUAUCCAGAUGCGGGCCCUGGACAUGCUCCACUCGGCCUCCUCCCCUGUCCUCUCGAGUAGCCGGCCUGACUCGCAGCCCCGCACAGCCGCCCGAACUUGGGAGAAGAAGCUUGGCUUCUUGCAGACCAAUUUCGGGUUCCAGCCUCGGGUGAAUCCUGUCAUCCCUGACUACGACGGCCUCUACAAGGCUUUCCAGAGCAGAGCUGCCAAGAGAAGGGAAACCCGAGAGGUGACCCACAACAAGCCUUUCUCUCUGAGGACCGCCAACCUGCGCCACAGUCCACGGUCCUGUGACACUUCAGCCGCUGAAGGGAGGCGGGGUUCCCUACAGCCACCAGCUGCGCCCCUGCCCAGGAGUUGUUCUCUGAGCGGCCUUGCUUCGCUCUCUACCAACACCCUCCCUGUGCACAUCACAGAUGCUGCCAGGAAGAGGGAGUCUGCAGUCAGACGUUCACUUGAAAAGAAGGAAAAAGCAGAUGAGAGUAUUCAGUGGUUACAAAUGCACAAAAAGAAGUGUCAAGCACUGUCUAAGUCUGUGACCCUGCGUGCGAAAGCCAUGGAUCCCCAUAAAAGCCUGGAGGAGGUGUUCAAAGCAAAGCUGAAAGAGAACCGAAACAAUGACCGUAAAAGAGCAAAAGAAUAUAAGAAAGAACUGGAAGAAAUGAAGAAGAGAAUACAAACAAGGCCCUAUCUCUUUGAACAAGUUAGCAAGGACCUUGCCCGGAAAGAAGCAGAGCAACGCUAUCGAGACACACUGAAGCAGGCUGGGCUGGAGGAGGACUUCGUGAGGAACAAGAGUCGGGGCCGGGCUGUGAGAUGGAAGGGCGAGGCCCCAGCCAAGGAUCCGCCCAGUAUCAGUGAAAGUACAAAACUCAACAUCAGGGAUCCACAGCAAGAUUUAGAAGAAUUCCUAGAACAGCUGACAAGCCCUAAGGAAGACUUGGAGAUACUGUCUUACGAAUCACCAGAUAACCUCAAAGCAAGUGUUUAACCAGUACACUUAAUGUUACUGCUUCUGAACAUCAUGCAGCUAACUAGGAGUUGAGUCAAAGCAAACAAAACCUGGAUUUUGUGUCAUGGCUACAGUUAGAGAACGGGAAAGAGUAACAGAAAGGCAAUUUGAGGAAAUCAAAGUGGACAAGCGCAGGGAAGGGGUGGUCAUAGUUCACAGGUAAAGUUCUAGCUUUUCCCCUGACACUUUAAAUAUAGGGGAAUAUUUCCCUUUUGAAUACUCCCUAUUCAUCCAGAGUAGUGCUCUUUCACUCUUUCUCCCCCCACCUUCAAAUAAAGUUUUAUUUAAAAAAAAAAAAGUAGACAUAGGAAAACGGGGUACAAAUUGGGUGGGGGGAGAGUGGCUUCUGCUGAAGGGAGUAAUUUAAGGUGCUCCACUUCCAGAAGAAAGAGAAAAACAAGGUUUUUUGUUGUCUUCCUUUUUUUUUUGUACCGGGGAUCAAACUC